CUCAGCUUGUGCACUUCACUCGGCUGCAGCUUCCUCUGAGUGUUUUCAAUCUCUUGGCACAGCGACACAAACUCUGAGCGAUUAACACCGGUGUAGAUUUCCCUCUCAACAGUUUGUCCUGACAGACCUGACGAGCACGGAGCAAGAUGUUGAGGCGAAAGCCUUCAAACGUCUCAGAGAAGGAGCAGGUGCCGCAGAAGAAGAAGCUCACCCUGCAGAGGUCGAGCAGCUUCAAGGACUUCAUGAAGCACAGACCCACCUCUCCUGUUGUGUCAGAGAAGGAGUUCACACUGGAGGAGAAUGUCACAGAGGCUGUUCCACCAGAGGAAGCCGGGAAAAGUGGCAGCAAACUGGGGAACAAAUGGCGAAAAGUCAUCUCACGCACGAUGACCCGCAAGACGUCCAAGAUGGUGCAGAAGGCUCUGGCUGAGGAGGGGGGGGAGAUCGGAGAGGAGACGUCUCCCAUCUCUGAUUGGCUUCCAAAUCUGAGCGCAGGACAGAGGACGUCUGUUUGCUCCUCGGGCUCAGAGGACACCCUGCCCAGUCCCAUCUCCCGCCAGCUCUCAGGCAGUAGUGACAGACAGAGCCUGGACAGUGGAUACUGUCAGAGGGACAGCAUGAGGCUGGAGGAGAGCGGCCUCUCUUACACUGGACCAUUCUGUGGUCGAGCUGUGGUUCACACUGACUUCACCCCCAGCCCCUACGACAUGGAGUCACUGAAACUCCAGAAAGGAGACAUCAUGUACAUCAUCGAGAAGCCCCCUGUAGGGACUUGGACCGGGAAGCUCAACAACAAGGUGGGCUCCUUCAAGUUCAUCUACGUCAACCUCCUGCCUGACGAGAGCCCCCCAGUCAGGAGGAGACGCUGCGGCAGCAAAGGCCAACGAGUCAAGUCCAAACCCAAAACCCUGGAGGAGGUGCUGGACAGCAUCGGCCUGACGGAGCUGAGUUCUUUACUGUCCAUGCACGGGUUCCAGAGUCUGGAGGACUUUGCAGGACUGAAGGAGUCUCACCUGAAUGAGCUGAACCUCACUGAUCCAGAGCAGCGCUCCAAGAUCCUGAGCGCCAGCGAACUGCUCAGAGACUCUGAGGACGAGUCGGAGCCAGAGGAGGAGAAGAACAGAUCUGCAGAGGAGGAGGAGAACAGAUCUGCAGAGGAGGAGGAGAACAGAUCUGCAGAGGAGGCCAAGGAGCCGAGGGACUCGGGCUGUUUCGAGAGCUCGGAGAACCUGGAGAGUGGACGUGGGGAGGUGAAGAGGGAGGAGGAGCUGCAGAAUGGACGUGAAGAGGUGAAGAAGGAGGAGGAGCUGCAGAGUGAAGCAUCGGAGGAGCAGACCGAUGAAGGAGCAGAGAAACACGAGCAGGAGGAAGAGGAAGAGGAGAAACAGACAGAGCGGCUGGAGGAGGUUCAGGAGCAGCUAGAGGAGGUUCAGGAGCAGCUAGAGGAGGUUCAGGAGCAUCCGGAGGAGGUUCAGGAGCAGCUUGAGGAGGUUCAGGAGCAGCUGGAGGGGGUUCCGGAGCAUCCGGAGGAGGGUCAGGAGCAGCUGGUGGAGGUUCAGGAGCAGCUGGAGGAGGCUCAGGAGCAGCUGGAGGAGCUGACCCUGGAUAAAGGACGUUGAGACGAAAUGGAAAAAUACACCGACUGGUUUUAUUCCUGCUUCUCUGAGACUCUGAUGGAGAUUUAACAACUUGACUGUAACAGAGUUGACGGAUGAGAGCAACUUGAUGAUGAAGAUUGAAAUACUCUGUUCUCCUCAGUUUGAUGUUGAGUAAACUGUAAUUUGUCUUUUUGUUAUCGUUGUGAUAUAUUGUGUGAAGUUUCUGUUUAUAAUGGUACAAAUCCACCGUUUCUCUUCUCUUCUCUUCACUAUGUCCUUGUCUCAUGUUUUCAUACAGUGACUGUAAAUGUAAUGAAUGUAAAAUAUUUUCUGUUUAACGUGAGAGUUCAGUUUAAGUUUGAUCAGAGACUUUGCAGUGAUUUUCUCUGACGUUUCUAAAGAUGCUGUAAAUAGAAUUUGAAUAAAACAUAAUUAAAAUGA